GCCGGAGGACGUGAAGCCGGAAGCCGUUGAAGUGAAGGAGCCAAAGUUUCAAUUGACCAAGAAGGUCUCAGGCAGCUCCUUGUCGGCGGCUGGCAACUACAAGUCCAACUCGACUUUGACAUCCAUCACCGAGAGUCGGAUGAGCGAGGAGGUGGCUGACUGGGGCCGGUUCGCCGGAAUCGCCAAACUCGGCCAACGCUUGAUU